UGGAGCUAUUAUUGAUACUUCUUUUAGCUUGCCUCUGCUCCAAGCAGCUCAUUGCAUCAUGCAAAAAUUCUCAUUCCCCUCAACAACUCUGCAAGGGAGGCUAAAUAGAGCAGUGGCAACAUAAAAGGUCUUCCAGUGAACUUCUUGGUGGAGCAGGAAUUAGAAACAUCCUCCUCCAAGUCCUGCCAGGGGUGUUUGUGCCCUCACUCUUGCAAGCUUCUUCCCUGCAGGUUUCAGCCAUGUGGCUCUACCUGGCUGCCCUGCUGGGGCUUUACUUCCUUCGCCGAUGGUACCAGGAGAGACAGAUGGUGGAGAACCUGACGGAGAAAUACGUCCUCAUCACUGGCUGUUCCUCUGGCUUUGGGAACCACCUUGCCAAGCAGCUGGAUGCCCGGGGUCUGCGGGUGUUGGCAACCUGUACCACACAGAAGGGGACAGAGCAGCUGGAGAAGGUCACCUCAGAGCGCUUGAAAACCACUGUUCUGGAUGUCACCAGUACAGAGAGCAUUGCGGCAGCGACGGAGUGGGUGAAAGAACAAGUGGGGAACAAAGGGCUCUGGGGCUUGGUGAACAAUGCGGGAAUAUGUGUCCCAGCAGGUCCCUGUGAAUGGCUGACCAAAGAUGACUUUGCAAAGGUGAUCAAUGUCAACCUUCUUGGGAUGAUUGACGUGACGCUACACAUGCUGCCCCUGGUGAGAAGAGCCAGAGGGAGGGUGGUCAACAUCUCCAGUGUGCAUGGACGACUGUCAUGCUUUGGAGGCGGUUACGCCCCAUCAAAGUAUGGUGGAGAAGCCUUCUCUGACACCCUGAGAAGAGAGGUCCAUCAUUUUGGAGUCAAAGUCAGCGUUGUUGAACCAGGUACUUUCAGGACAGCCAUGCUGUCAAAAUCACGUGAGUCCUACGAACCUUUAUGGAGCCGGUUACCUUCUGACCUCAAGGAAUGCUAUGGGCAGCAGUACUUUGAGCAAUGUCGCAAAGUAGGCGAAACUAUCUUCAAGACUGGCAGCGACAACCUUCACCUGGUCACCGACUGCAUAGAACAUGCCCUGACAUCCUGCUCCCCUCGCACUCGCUACUCUGCAGGCUGGGAUGCAAAGCUCUUCUACCUUCCUGCCUCUUACUUGCCAACCACCAUCACUGACUUCGUAAUGGGCUGGAUUUGGCCUAAACCAGCUCAAGCAGUAUAGGGUUGUUGUUGUUUUAAAAAAGUGACUAUAGAAUAAUCAAAACAUACAAUACAACAAAGUAAAGAACCAAGAGGCAACUUACUAUUAUAGUUCCCCAAUUCAUAAUUAGAUAUUACUUUGAAAGACAGAAAGGUUCAAUCCCAAGAUUGAUCAAGGAAAAUUGGAAUUUUAUUUUCAUGGAAGCAAAGAGGGCUAGUAGUAAUGAGUAUUCAUAUUUAUUUAAUACCAAAUCAAAUCAAUUAUGGUGGGAUUGCUCCAGUGUUUUUUUAAGUUUUUUUUUUAAUAAUCCAUUGGUUUAGCAGUGCAUCUUGAAACAUGUAUCAAAUGAGUCUUUCUCCCCCUGAAAUUGCAAUAUGUAGGGAUUUAUUAAACCAGAUGUUAAGGGGAAAGUCUCAUAUUUCUCCAUCCUUACCAGAUGGUCAGUCUGGCUGCAACCAGCAAAUAUAACAGUUUUGUAGACUAAUGAUGUAUUGCCAUCUUCAACUAUUGAUUACGAACAUCGUUGGACACCUGAUGUUAACUCGUCUUCCUACAGUCUCAGAUUCUUUUGUAAAACUCAUCUCCAGAACUUAGGUACAAAUUUGCGGUCAACCAAGUUCAUCUAUUUGAAGGAGUUAGUAAAGGGACAGCUGAGGGAUGAGAAAUUUGCUAAAAAAGAAGAAAAUGUUAAUUGAAGAUAAAUAUGUAAAAUAAGCAUAUUUUAGGGCUUGCCGAUCAGAAGGUCGGCGGUUUGAAUCCCCGCGACGGGGUGAGCUCCCGUUGCUCGGUCCCAGCUCCUGCCAACCUAGCAGUUCGAAAGCACUUCAAAGUGCAAGUAGAUACAUAGGUACAGCUCCAAGUGGGAAGGUAAAUGAUGUUGCCGUGUGCUGCUCUGGUUCCCCAGAAGCGGUUUAGUCAUGCUGGCCACAUGACAUGGAAGCUGUGUGCCAGCUCCCUCGGCCAAUAACACGAGAUGAGUGCCGCAACCCCA